AUGGGAGGCCGUGUUGUACCUCAUGACAUCAAACUAAUAGUGGUUAAUCUGGUUGUGGUUUGUUCGCUUCUCGUGGUAACCGAAAGUGUUUCGUUAGAUGGGAAUUUAGAUAUAACUCCGUUUGAAAGGUCUGGAAAUGUACGUAGCACACCAAGGCGCUUUAUUUCCAUGAUAUUAAAGAGAUCGGCAGCCAACAGGUAUAGCGAGAAAUCUUCACUUGAAAGUCAAUCGAGGGGUCGCCGAGAUGAUGACGAAGCCUUGGCAAGGGCUCGCCGAGAUGAUGAAGUUCAACGUACCAAGCAAGAUGGGUUACGAGAAAAGUAUGAAAAGCGGUUAUUUGAGAGUUUGAAUAUUAAUAUCGGCACAGUUGAAGCAACACGGCUGUAUGUCCCUGAGUAUAUACAAGAUGACACGACAACAGGAUCCCCGAAAGCUUUUAAUAUCGAAGUUGGUACGGUGGUUGGUAAAGUACGUAAGCUGUUUCCGCACGGGAAACAGUUGAUGGUCUGGCCGUACGCAGGGUGGCGGAAUUUUACAGUUGAUGAGAACACUGGCGAGAUUAGGACAACCGCCAAAAUGGAUUUUGAACUGAUCUGGUUGUAUAACAUGACGAUCCGUGAUUUUAAGCAUAAUUACAGUGACCCUGAGCCAUUGCGACAACCACCAAUGCCAGAUCCUUUGCCAGAACCUGACCCAAAAACAGAUUAUGUUGAUCAUUAUUUGAUUAUUGAAGUCGUUGAUCGGAACGACAAUGUGCCGAAAUUCAUCCGUGAUACAACCGGAGGUGGUUUAUUCACUGGACAAGUGAACACAAACGCUCGUGCAGGAACGCCUAUACUUCAUAUACACGCUGAAGAUGACGACAGUGGACCAAGAGGUCGGAUACGUUUCAACAUAAAAACUGAUGAUGGAAAACAAUCUGAUUUUACCAUUGAUCCUAAGACUCAUUUUUUGAAAACAACUGGGGGUAAAAAGCUUCGGAGUGGGGACUACAAAGUAAAUGUCGAGGCACUUGAUUACGGAAAGCCACCAAAAUCAAGUGGUUUUCAAGAAUUCUUAGUCCGUGUUCGAAAACUCCAACCUGAAUUCUUUGGCAUUCCAUAUAAUCUUAAUUUCUCCGAGGCAAGUGUCUGCGGUAGUGUUGUGGCGACAGUUGAGGCAACAAGUAGAUCAGGUAUGCCAAUUAAAUAUGAAAUACUUACAGCUAAUGUUAAGAACACGUUUGCAAUCAACCACCUUGGGCAAAUAGCACUCUUACGUAAGCUUGAUUAUGAUACGGGUGACAGCUCCGACAAAAUGUUUACAUUUGACGUGCGUGCAACUGAAGAUGCCUAUGAAGGUCGUUCGACAGAUGCUGUUGUGAACUUAAAGUUAGUAAAUGCUGAUAAUCAUCUAGGAAUGUUUAAGACGCCAGCCAAGCAGCUUCAGUUUGAAGAGGGUUCGUUUCGUGCAGGUGGAGACAUUUAUAAAGUUGAUGUGGAGGACUGUGAUUGUAAAGAAAACUGUGAAUGUAAGACAGGCGAAAUGAUUUACAAAAUCGGCGAUACGGAAGGGUUCUUUGAUGUAACGAGCGGUGGACAAAUUCGAAACAUUAAAAAUUUAGAUUACGAGAAGCGGAAUUACUUCUUCUUUCCAGUUCAAGUCAUAGAUCCUGGGACAAAUGGCCGCACAAGGACAUCUUAUGUUGAGAUAACUAUUUUGGACGUUGAUGAUACCCCACCAAACUUCCCAACACCCAAUUAUGAUUUUUCUAUCUUUGAAGAUGCACCAAAAAAUCAGGUCAUUGGUGUUGCACAAGCCUUAGAUCCAGAUCCAGCCACGAAACCUGAUGAUAUUACAUACAGUAUCACUAACGCAGAUCCUGUCGAGGGAAGAGAAUACUUUACUGUCGGAAAUCAAGGAGUUAUAACAGUUCUUAAGAACACCAAUCAAUUUCGAGGCUUUGAUGCUUAUGAAUUCACCAUCACCGCAAUUGAUAAGGGAAACCAUCGAUCAGAUCCUCCGGCGACUGUUAAAAUUCGUGUCCUUGAUGUUAACGACCACCAGCCUGUUUUAAAAGAGUGUAGGGAGAAAAGUAUCAAAGAAAAACAGCCUAUAGGCACUGUAUUGACAACUUUAACUGCAACAGAUGAGGACAGAGGUGUGAAUAAAUUGAUUGAAUAUAGCCUUGCGACGGUGCAGAAACACAAUUUCUUUAAAAUUAACAAUCAAACUGGUGUUGUAAGUACAAUUGCAGUGCUUGAUAGAGAACAAUAUGAUGAAGUCUUUGUGGUUGCCAAGGCAACAGAUGGUGGUGCUGACAGAAGUGAACCGCUGAGGCAAGUUGGCUAUUGUCAGUUUAUCGUCAAAGUUGAAGACGUGAAUGAUCAUCAUCCCAUGUUCACCGUUCAAACAUUUAAAGUGAACGUUUUACGGACAUUAGCCAUAGGAGAGACGUUGCUUCAAGUGGAAGCUGUAGACCCAGAUCUGGGUGACAAUGCAAAAAUUGAGUAUACAAUCCUUACACAGAAAACUGGUGCAAGAAAUGUGGUGUUCUUAGAAGUUGUUAAAGCAACUGGUGCAGUGAAAGUCAAAAAUAGCAUGGCUGGUGUUAACAACGAUGAUGAGAUAGUGCUGGUUAUACAAGCUACCAACAAGAUCCCAGUCAUUGGUCCUGUUCUUGGUCCUCAGAGUGAAACAACUGUGAGAGUGAAGUUCUCACGAACUGCACCUCCAGCUGCACAACUAAAAUACACGGGUACUGGAAGGGAAAAUCAGAAUGCUGGAUUAGUUGUGUUCAAAUUACCAAUCACUGGAACUAAUUUGGUAUUCUCGUUGCAAACUAUUCGAUAUCGGGAUAAUUUACCAUUCCGUAUUGGCUCAACAUCUGGUGAAAUUAAAACAACAAAACCAUUGGAUUUUGAACUGAAAAAAUCGUACCUGUUUGCUGUGACGGUACAUGAACAGGGUUUGACAGGAUCUACCUCAAUCAUUGUUCAAAUCAAUGUUAUUGAUAUUGAUGACGUUAUUCCUAUAUUUGGGAAUGACAAUUACGAAGCAACUGUUUCGGAAGCUGCUACAGGUGGAGUCAAUGUCUUCCGUGUCCAAGCAAGCGGCCCUGACCCAAUCAAUGGUGACAAAAUUCUUUACAAAAUUGAACCAAAACUUGAUUCUAAAACAUUUACAGUAUCGGACAUGACAAAUUUUGCUCAAAUCAAGACUGCGCCUGGACUUAAAGUAGGAGAUUUUUAUCGAGAAAAGAAAGCUGUUUACACAAUUGUUAUUGAAGCAUUUCGACAAAGUUCUCCUAGUUUAAAGAGUACAGCUAUACUGGUCAUUCAUGUCCGUGAUGAGAACAACUCUCCACCUAUCUUUACAAAGACAGAUUACAAGGCUGCAGAUAUCCCAGAGAACAUUCCUGUGCCAUAUAUCGUACCUAAUCUUGUUCUCAAUGCUACGGACAAAGAUAUUUUGGAAAAUGGUGAUGUAUAUUAUUUUAUUACUUCUGGUAACGAUGGUCGAUUCACCAUGGAAACAAUUGUUGGGCAGGAUCGGAAAAAUACUGGUCGACUGAUUGUUAGUCGUCCAUUGGAUGCCAAAAAGUCACCAGAAUUUGAAAAAAAUCCCGUGUAUACUUUGACGGUGACAGCCACAGAUCAUAAACACACAGCAACCGCUACAGUAACUGUGAGGGUAAGUUUAUUUUGCUUUAUUUCAUUAUGGAAACUAUUAAAUUUAAUGUUUGAAUAGGGUGUGGUGAUUAAUCGAUAAAAUAGAGAAAAAAUAUGUUUUUUGAAAAGUGAUUCAACCGAUAUUGUUCUAUGCAAAACACCAGAAAAAAAAACCUGUUUAAAACUCCAUCAUAUUGAAACAAAUAACAGUAAUUCCACUCAUUUGUGGAAAAUUGCGAAGCAUUGAAGCUAAGCAGAUAACACAUUGGAUUAGUUCAACAGAAGGCGGACACAAAAACGGCAAGCUAGGUAGAAAAACAGUGUACGACUCGAGUAUAUUUUGACAUCAGCUUUAAUUUUUUUUCAGAUGGUUUUCAGUUUUCACCCUGAACCGCCUCACCCGUUUGAAUAACAAUUUUAGAUGUCUGGUCAUUAUACUUGAUUGAUUGUGUAGUAUCAAUCAUGUUCAUAAUCUUUUAAAUUUAAAAAACAUUUCCCCACAACGCAAGAAAUGUCUAUUUAGGGCGCUUUAAUUAGCCAUUCCGAAGUUGAUGAGAGGACUGGGAACGAGUAUUAAAAAGUGCCCAAAUUAAUAUAUGAACCAAAUCACCAAAAAGACCACCUCAAAAUUUAAUAAGUAUGCAAAAAUUGUGAAAUUACUGAUUGAACACUGUUUUUGGGACGCGCAUCCCCCAAAACAAAAAUUACAGUACAGUUCAUAGUAAAUAUCGCAAUUUUCGAAAGCUCAAUAUUCGAAGGGUAUUCAUGCAACACUCUUCCCCAGUUCUCUCAUCAACUUUGGAAUGGCUAAUUGAGGAUUGUGCUCUCGUAUCCGUCAAGAAGUUGUGUGUUUCACGACCAUGUUCUUGUUGAGAGGCCUGCUUCUUGUGUUGGGCGCACGUCAAAAAUGACUCUGCACACAUCACUUUAAGCCACAAGAAAAUGCUAUUUUAUUUUGUCUGAUGUCAGAUAUCCCUUUUCCCAGAUCCAAGAUCGUCCUGACUCAAAGCCAGAAUUCCUAGAACCCUACUAUGAGAAGCAUCUGCCUGAAAAUGCAGGCCCAGGCCUUCCAGUUGUACAAGUAAAAGUUCGAAAACCUGAAGAUCUUCAAGCUGUGAUACGCUACAAACUGGAUGAGAAGGCAGUACGAUAUUUUGAAAUAAACGAAGAGACUGGGAUGAUCAAAACUGCUGGUGAUCCGUUGGACUGGGAGAUCACACCUGUAAUUACAUUCCCUGUUUACGCCUAUGAACGUCGCAAUCCAAACAUUACCGGUCAAACCGUUGUCAGAGUUGUGGUAAGUCAAAAUAUCAUAUCACUACUAGUUGAUUCAAAUUAUUUUGCCACCCACUUAAGCUAACAAUUUUACCUCACUACCCCCCUCCCUGCCCCCUUCCAGCAAGUACAUAUAUCACCCCCGCAAAAAACUAGUUUGCUUCCCCCUCAAGUAAUUCAUUUUACACCCCUCCCCACCUUACAGUAAACUGCAUGUUCAGCCCAACAGUAAACCAUUUUGCCCCCUCUCCCCAAGUAAAGUAGUUAGCUGCCCAGAAAAUUAUUCACUCUCUCUUGAAAUAUGAUUGACUGUUAAGUUCAUCCUUGUAGAUUAAUGACGUGAACGAUGCAUCCCCAGUAUUUCCGGAUCAAUCCUAUGUUGGUUAUAUUAAAGAGAAUAUGCCUGCUGGUACAUUGGUCAGGUGCAUUAAUGGUAUCGAUCGUGAUAAUCCUGAUGUCAAUGAUGGCAGAAAUGUGAAACUGACGUACGAGCUGCUCACAAAUACUGGAGAAGAUCCAUUCGACAAGGAUGGCAAACUGUUUACGUUUGACAGCAGUGGUCGACUCAAAACGAGAGUCAGACUAGACGCUGAAGAAUUUCGACGAAACUUAUCGAUUCGUAUCCGCGCAUGGGAUGAUGGUAACCCACGGUUAUGGGGCGAAACUAAUGUUACAAUAGUUAUCCGCGAUGAGAAUGAAUUUCGAGCAUGGUUCCGAAAACGCAACUACGAAGCAACUGUUUCUAAAUCACGACCUCCCGGUUAUGUUGUGUUACAGCUGACCACAAAAGAUCGUGACUUUGCCCCACCAAAUAACUACGCCUUCUCAUUAAAGAGUGGCAAUCACCCGUACGCGUUUGAUAUCAACCAGGAAACAGGUGAAAUAGUCGUUGCGGGCGUUCUUGAUAUUGAAAAGACAAACAAGAAAGUAUACACACUUACUGUUGGUUUGAAAGAAAGAAACGAUGAGUUAUUAAUUCCUGAUGCUGUUGGUUUACAAAAAGCAUUUGAAGACACAGCCACGGUUAAGAUUACGAUCACUGAAGGAAAUGACAAUCGACCAACUUUCACGAAAUCUGACAAGACGUAUGAAAUAACAAUCCCAGAAGAUACCCCUGUGGGAACGAAACUGAAUCUCGGGAUUGUAGCCACCGAUGACGAUGUAGGAUUCAGUACCAAGUUCAGGUCAGUUGACACACUUUGCAAUGAUAAUUACUUAUUAGAAUGGAAUGAUUAAAGGUAGUGCUUUCUAAUCAUCUUCCUUGCUGCUAAGUGCAGAAUUUCAAAGGAAGCUAUUCGAAGUUUUACUGAGAUGCCUCUGACCACAGUUAAAACUGCAACUAUACCACCCAUGUCUCUCAUUGUCUGAUCUUGGAGGACAGAUACAACCUCGUUCCCAGGCUCUUACCUCUUGUGGAGGAAAGACCUGGUAGGAGUUGGUCACGUGAUCUGCUAGAAUCUAGCUGAUUUUAAAUUGAUGAUGAUGACGAUAAAUAUUUGAUAUAUUGCAAGUUUGAUUUGAUUUGAUUUUAAAGGAAUCCAAAAUAUUUUAUUAGGAAUCUGCUAGAUUUUAGUAGAUCACGUGACCAGCUCCUACCAUAGAGUUCACAGGUCUUUUUUCCACAGGAGUCUGGAAACGAGGUUGGGACAGAUAAUGUGGAAGGGUGUUUUUUGGUGAGAGAUGAAACGGGAACUCGGAGACAAACCCUCGAGCUCAAUACUUUCCCAAGACUAUUAUGUAUUCCAGUUGAUAAAACAUAGUUGCAACACUCGUCAAAUCUUUAUUUUCGUUAAUCUAGAGCUUGAGUUGUUUCCCGUAACAAUUCGUGACUGCCAAAUCUCAUCACCUCUCGACAAUACACCCUUUCAGUAAUUACGUCACACAUACUUGUUUGGUCGUGGAGCUUUAAUGGCGAUUAAUUGGCUCACGAUUCAUGAGAGCGAGCUUCCCAGGCCACAUGACGUAAUUAUCAAAAGGACGUAUUCUCGUCACCUCUCAGUAAUUCUCGGCACCUCUCACCCUUGUUUGUCUGGGGCUUUAUUUUUUUAUCAGGUUUGCGAUCACAUCAGGAAACGUCGGUGAUUGGUUCGUAGUGGCUAAACCAAGCAAUAACUCAAACAGGGCCGAUGUUAUCAUUCAGUAUCCACUGGAUCGAGAAUUUAAAGAAGUCUACCAGAUGCAACUGGUUGUUAUAGAUAAAGGCGGGGUUUCAGGUUUGUGUUCGAAUUAAUGCUGUGCUUUUAUGCAGUUGCGGAUCUAGCCUGAUUUGAUAGAUUGGUAUAGGGUUUUUCAAGGGGUGUAUAUUAUUAUGGUGGUCCGGGGUCAUUCUCUCUCAGAAAAUUUUUGAAAUUUGAAGUCCUGGAAUGCGAUUUCCUGCAUUCUGAGCACUGCGUUUCAGGGUGUCCACGGGCCUUAAAUCCUGGAGAGUCCUUGAAUUGGAAAAACAAAAUUCCAGGACUGGAAAGUCCUUGAAAAUCAUUCGAAGUCCUUGAAAGUCUUGGAAUUAAUUUUCUUAAUCUCCAGCUAUGCCAACAUGAACAUUAGUAAUAUUGAUUAAAAUUACUAAAUAAAGUGAAUUAUCUACGGCAAAUCCGUCCCAUUUUCAAAGACUUUUCCCACUUCUAGGUUUUUGAAUUUACUGAAAAUGGCCCUUGAAAAUCCUGGAAAAGUCCUUGAAUUUUACCUUCACCAAAGGGUGGACACCUUGGCGUUCAUUGUCCAAACAGUACUUGUAUUUGGGCAAAAAAACGUUCGGCAAAGCGUUGACAGAUUCUUUUCUCAGAUAAGUCCAUAGCGAGAAUCGAACUCACGAUCUCAGAGGUAAAGGACGCUUGCUCUGACGACUGGGCCACAGAAGCCCCACACAAACGAAUUAGUCUUUUUGGACUUCUCAAAUUCAUUAAUAAAUUCAUGAGUUAUCCAGCCAAUGAUAAUCACCUAUUUGAUCACAAGAUGCCAUUUGGAUAACCUGGUGAAACUUGAUGAAAGUCACUAGUGUUUUCAUCAAAUAUCUUAAUUACACAUCUAAAAUUACUUGAAUAGAUCGAAUCCCUAAUUACGUUAUGCUUGGUUAAGAAUUCUUUUCAAAUCAGCAAACGAAAACAUUCUGUUACGUCUCGAUUCAUUUGAGAGGCCAUAUAAACAACUCGAGUUCGUGUCUCACCGGGAUAUCCAAACACUGGAAAACAUGGCCUCUCAAAUGAAUCGAGACGUAACAGAAUGUUUUGGAUACCCCGGUGAAACACUCGCCCACGUUGUUCAUAUAUUACAUCCAAACGGACCAACGUUUCUAGAUAUCAAUGUUAACAAUGACAAUCCAUUACCUUGCAGACACAGCUUGGCUUACAAUUACCCUGACGGACAAGAACGACAAUGCUCCAAGGUUCCUACCUCCAUACUAUUCUGCCACAAUCCUAGAAGGAAUGUGUGAUGCUGACACACCGCUUGCCACCAUUACCGUAGUCGAUGAUGACGAGCCAGACCAAGGACCGUUCAAAAUUGAAUUUGCUCCAAAUGGUAACCCUGGCACUCGAUUUCAACUACGUAAUCCCACCCACAACACUUCCCAACUCUAUUGUUCUGGUAUAAUUGACCGCGAGGCUAGCCCAGAUUUGAAAGUGGUCAUCAAGGCAACCGAUAAUCCUCCACAAAAAGAUUAUCCAAAACUGUCAUCUACUGUAAAUGUUUGUGUACAUGUUCUAGGUCGAGAUGAUGUCUCCAGUCUCACAAACUCCGCGAGAAUGAGGGUUGUUUCCUUUACUGUCAUUUUUCAUUUUAUGUGUUUCAUUUUAUUUUCUAUACUGUCAACUUUGAAUUACUAUUAGCGAUUAUACAAUUAUUUUAACACGUACCAGUAGUAAUAUUUGAUGAAAAUAA